AUGGCUUCCUGCCAUGCCUGUAACCUCAGGGUGUCGGUGGCCGUUGCGUGUGGGCUGCUGACGGCCGUUGCCGUGGGACUGGGCAUCUGGAGGACCGUGAUCAAGAUCCAGGCAGGAACAUUUGCUCCCCCGUCAAGCACCCCUACAGAGUUCUGCAGGAACGGUGGAACCUUGGAAAAUGGCAAAUGUGUCUGUACAGAAGAGUGGAAAGGAAGGAGAUGCACAAUUGCUAAUUUCUGUGAAAAUAGUACCUAUAUGGGUUUGAAUUUUUCCAGAAUUGCAGUGGGCAGAUAUGGACCUUCCUUGCAAACAUGUGGCAAGGAUACACCAAAUGCGGGCAGUCCAAUGGCAACCCGGCAGUGCGGUCUCUCUGAAUAUGGAGAGGUAGAAUUACAAAAUGUGACAUUAGGAAAUUGCAAUCAAAAUCUGGAAACCCUGGAAAAGCAGGUAGAUAGUGUCACAGCAGAUUUUGAUAACAUUUGUACCGAAGCCCAGGUUUUAACAUCUAAUGCUGAUAUAUUAACCGCUGAGAACAUCACUACUGCUACUAGAGUGGUUGGACAGAUUUUCAACACAUCUAGAAACGCUUCACCUGAGGCAAAAAAAGUUGCUGUAACAACAGUGAGUCAACUUCUAGACGUCAGAGAAGACGUUUUUCAAAGAGCUGCUGCCGCUGAUGGUGCUGAUGAUACUUUUACAACGCUUAUUGAGCAAAUGGAGACUUAUUCCUUGUCUUUGGGCAAUGAAUCAGUGGUGGAACCUAAUUUAGCAAUACAGUCAGCUAAUUUUUCUUCAGAAGGCACUGGGGGGCCUGCAAGUAUUCGCUUCUCUGUGCAGAAAGGUACUAGUGAUUCUCUAGUUUCUGGUUCAACAUUAAUACAUACAAAUGUGGACAGUCUUGAUCCAGAUGAACAGACUGAACUUCAGAUCUUGCUUAACACCACAAAAAGUAGUGUCAAGGCAUGUGGCUUUGUGGUGUAUCAAAACAACAAGUUUUUCCAAUCAAAAACUUUUACAACUAAAUCAAAUUUUAGUCAAAAAAUUAUCUCAAGCAAAACUGAUGAAAAUGAGCAAGUUCAGAGUGUUUCUGCUGAAAUGGUCUUUAGUCCAAAGUACAACCAAGAAGAAUUCCAACUCCAUUCCUAUGCCUGUGUCUAUUGGAAUUUUUCGACAAAGGACUGGGACACAUAUGGCUGUCAGAAAGACAAGGGUCCUGAUGGAUUCCUGCAGUGCCGCUGCAACCACACUACUAAUUUUGCUGUAUUAAUGACUUUCACAAGAGAUUAUCAGUAUCCUGAAUCACUAGACGUUUUAUCCAACACUGGAUGUGCCCUGUCCAUUACUGGUCUGGUUCUUACAAUUAUAUUUCAGAUUGUCACCAGGAAACUCAGAAAAACCUCAGUGACCUGGGUGUUAGUGAGUCUAUGCACAUCAAUGUUGAUUUUGAACCUCCUCUUUCUGUUUGGAAUUGAAAAUUCCAAUAAGAACUUGAAGACAAGUGGUGGUGACAUUAAUAAUAUUGACACUGAUAAUAAUGAAAUGCUCACAGAAGACAUCAUUGGCAUUCAAAAUCCCACGUGCACUGCGGUGGCUGCCUUACUGCACUAUUUUCUGUUAGUGACGUUUACCUGGAAUGGACUCAGUGCUGUGCAGCUCUAUUUCCUUCUAAUUAGGACCAUGAAGCCUUUUCCUCGACAUUUCAUUUUUUUCGUCUCAUUAAUUGGAUGGGGAGUCCCGGCUAUAAUAGUGGGUAUAACGGUGGGAGUUGUUUAUGCUCAGAAUGGGAGUGAUUCACAAUGGGAGUUAAACUACCGGCAAGAGGAAAUCUGCUGGCUGGCAAUCCCAGAAAGCAAUGAUUUUAUAAGAAGUCCAUCAUUGUGGUCAUUCUUCAUACCUAUAACUAUUAUCCUCGUCGGCAAUGUUGCUGUAUUUAUUAUAAUCACAGUCAAAGUGCUGUGGAAGAAUAAUCAGAGUCUAACAAGCACAAAAAAGGUUUCAUCCCUAAAGAAGGUUGUUAGCACAUUAUCUAUUGCAGUUGUUUUUGGAAUUACCUGGAUUCUGGCAUACUUUAUGUUAAUUAAUGAUGAUGACAUCAGGGUGAUCUUCAGCUACAUAUUCUGCAUUUUCAACACUACUCAGGGAUUGCAAAUUUUUAUUCUCUACACUCUUAGAACGAAAAUCUUCCAAAAUAAAGCUUCUGAAGUGUUGAAGUCACUGUCGUCGUACACAGGGAGAGUGAAGUCACUGUCUCUAAUGGUCACGCCGAGGAGGCUGCGUGUAAGGAUGUAUAACCUGGUCCAGUCAUUUCAAGCCCUACAUGAACGCUUCAGGCUGCUGGAGCCAUCUUUAAGUGAGGAGGAUGUGACACUUUCCCAAAGUGACUAA